AUAAUGACUUCAACUGCUGUGAGGUACCAUCUUAUUUUGGAAUUAAUCAUCAUUCUUCAUUUCAAAACUUUGAUCAUUUAAUUCUUUUUUUUUAUAUUUAUUAGAGUUGGUCUUCGUGUUAGACCUUUAACACAAAAAGAAGAGUUAUCGAAUUGUACUGAAUGUAUAAGCUUUAUACCAAAUGAACCUCAGAUAUUGAUUGGCACAGAUAAAUCCUUCACCUAUGAUUAUGUAUUUGAUAAUAAUACAGAGCAAAAAGAGAUUUAUGAAAAGGCUGCAUUACCUUUAUUGGAAAAGUUUCUGGAGGGUUUUAAUACUACAAUUCUUGCUUAUGGGUAAUAUUGAUUAUCAUAUAAAUUUAAUGUAUUAAUCUUUAUCAUUGUUAAUAGUCAAACAGGGUCUGGAAAGACAUAUAGUAUGGGCACAGGACUUGAAAGAACUAUCUCUCCUGAACACGAAGGCAUUGUACCACGAUGUAUAGUUGAUUUAUUCCGAAACCUGAAUGGAAGAUCCGAAUCAAAUAAGGAUUUUAAUUAUGAGGUUUAUGUAUCGUUCUUAGAAUUAUACAAUGAAGACUUGAUUGAUUUAUUAAGUCCUCAACAACAAGCCUUUGUUGCUGCAAAAAGGAAAAGUGGUUUAGGUUUGACUCCAAUAGCUGUUGAAGUACAAAUUCGUGAGGAUAUUGCAGGCAAUAUUUAUUGGAGUGGUGUUCGUGAAGAAAGAUGUUAUAAUCCUGAUGAAUUAUUAUCUUUCUUAGCUAAAGGUUCUCUUUGCCGUACUACUGCUUCAACAGAUAUGAAUACAGUCUCUUCUCGUUCUCAUGCUGUAUUUUCUGUCACCCUUAAACAGCAAACAUCUGUAAAUGAACCUACAAUCACAAGUAAAUUUCAUUUUGUUGAUUUGGCUGGUUCUGAAAGACUGAAACGAACAAACGCUCAAGGUGAUCGUGCUAAAGAAGGAAUUUCUAUCAAUUCAGGUCUAUUAGCGCUUGGUAAUGUAAUUUCAGCUUUAGGUGAUGAAACUCGUAGAACAUCUCAUGUUCCUUAUCGUGAUAGUAAACUAACACGUUUACUACAAGAUUCACUUGGUGGAAAUAGUCAAACACUCAUGUUAGCUUGUAUUUCUCCUGCUGAUACAAACUUUAUGGAAACCCUGAAUACACUUAAAUACGCAAAUCGUGCCCGUAAUAUUAAAAAUAAAGUUAUCAUUAAUCAAGACUUUGCUGGUUCUUCUAUUGAAGUUAGUCAACUUCGUGCUCAACUUGCAAGACUAAGAAUUGAACUGGCAUCUGCAAGAGCUGAGAAUGUUUCUGCUGAAAGAAGGGGUGGUCGUUAUAACACCUCCUCCUUACAACAAGAUGGAGAAGUUCGUGCUUUACGUUCUGAAAUAGCACGGCUUAGAGAUCGUAUUCAGGAUCUAAAUACAAGUUUAAUUCAAAUUACUAGUGAGCGUGAUACGAUGAUGAUGGAACGUGAGCUUGGUGAAUUUAUGAAUAAUAAUGACGACAAUCAUGAAUUAUCUAUAACCUCUUAUACGUCUCAUCCAGUUACACCAAGCCCGGUUCUAUCUCAUCCGCUUAUUACCCAAUAUCAAAAGACAAUUCAAGACCUUACAAAUGAUCUUGCUGAUGCACGUGACCAAGUUGCGUUCCUUGAAAGUAUGAGGUCAGCUACUAUGCAGGCAAUCAUAGAAAGUGGUACAACUCCAUUGUCCUUGUCAGGCAACACGACAUCCUCUUUUUAUCAUCCGGAAAAAACUAUUUCAAGUUCCUCCCGUCGUCGACAUGGAGGUAGUAAACGCGGUUAUAGAAAGCAGAGAGUAUCAUCGGCUAGUUCUAGUACAUUAUCUUCUGGUAACAUGACAGCAAGAAUACCGUCUGCUAAACGCUCCGUGAGACAUACACCCCUAUUAUCCCAAAGCUCAAGCUUUAAAAUUUCUCCUCGCCAAAAACGUCAAACCCCUGUUAAAAUGACUACAAAGAUAGCAAACUAUAAUGAAGAAGAAGAAGAAGAAGAUGGAUAUGUUGAUGAAGAAGAUUAUAUUGACGAAGAAGAAAUAAAACAAAGUAUUGCUAAAGCUAAAGCUGAAAUUCAGAAAGGAAUGGAAGUCCUUGAUUUAAUCAAGCCUAUGGAAGAUGCUGCACAUUCCUGGGAAGAAGAGUUGGAAGAAUUUGAAAAGGCUGAAAAAGCCAUGUACGAAAAGGCAACAAAUCAACUGGAGCGUGUAGACUCAGAUGAAGGCAAUUAUAGUUUAACCUCCUCUCCUAUUGAUGAUGAACAACGACACAGCCAUGAUCUUGAUUUAAUGUUAGAGAUUGAAUCCUUGAAUGUACCCUCUUGGGAACAAAGACAGUCUACAGUAGAGGAGACUUCCAAAACCAAUACUAUUAUAAAAGAAGAUACUGUCGAUAAUGCAAACAUCAUUAUUUCAGACAAUAUCACAAAGCAAGAGACUAGUUCAUUAACUUGCCCUGAAAAGCAAAAUCCUCAAAUGAUGCGUAUGCUUCAUCAGAUUCAAUCAGAUAUUCGUGUUAAAGAAGAACUUGUAUCUCACCUUGAAAAAUCAGAAACUAAGUUUGCUUUUAUGCGUCGCAAGUUUGAUGAAAAGAUUAGCAUGUUGCAUGCACAGCUGACUGAACUUCAAAAAGAUCGUGAUCAAGCAUUGGCAAGAACUAAAUCCAGUUUUGCAUCGAUUCCUAACCGUACUGAUAUCUCUAUGCAGAUGAAAGAAAAGCAACAGCUCAUUGAAAUUCGUCAUGCUUACGAAAACAAGAUGAAACAGUUAGUCACUGAAAUCCAUGACUUGAAGCGCCAUUAUUCACGUACAAUUUCAAGCAUGCAAUCAACACGUAAUCAACAUGAGUCCUUAUUAAGAUCACUUCGUGCCAAUGUUGAGACGCUCAAAACUGAAAAGAAAAGGAUGAUUAAACGUAUGAAACAAGAGACAGAACGUGUUCGUGAACAAAUGGCGUUACAGGAACGCAAGAUAUCCAAACUACAAAGACAGCAUACUGAGAUUAAUCAUGCUCGUACAAAACUACAACGUGAGCAUGAGGCUCAAAAAUUGACAUUAAAGCGUCGAGAUAAAGAAAUUUUGAUUAAUCAAAGUCAACUUCAACAGCUUACAGAAGUUUUGAAAAAGGCCGUACGUGAAGGUGGUAUCCUUGAUGAGCAAUUAUUAAAUAAUGUCUCUCAUAUUAUCGGUGGUAACUUUGCUGCUGUCGCUCGUCGUGGUGGUUUAAGUAAUCUUCCAGGCUAUCGCCCCUUACGUAGAAGGAAGAACCCUAUUCCUGUCCAUAAAAGGGUGGCACGAAAAAAGGAAUUGCUAGAUAAGAUGCUCUAUCAGUUUAUUCAAGGGAAACAAGCUAUCGUUGAGAUGGAACAGCUCUUGUUUAGAAGAGAAAAACUUGUAUCCGAAAAGAUGGAACUUUUAGAUGAUCGAAAGACAAUGUUUAUUGCAGAAAGAGAAGCUGCAGAGUUAUCAGGACAAUCGAUGGAUAUGCUUGCUAUUAACUUUACUGAUGAGCGUAUUGAUUUAAUGGAUGCUGAAAUUUCGUAUCUAUCUUCACGUAUUAGAGCUUUACAAUCAGAAGCUGCUGGAGAAGCAGAUGAGAUGUUAUCACAUUCAUUUAAUGAUAGCACGAGUCGUCAACAACAAGAAAAGCGUAAGGUCACAUUUGCGGAUGAUAUCGUAAGCAACCCUUCUCCAAGUGAAGAAUGGACUGAUAUGGAUGCAUUGGAAGAGCAAUUUAGUGUACCACCUAAUGCUGCUCCAGAAUUAGUCUAUGAUGCUACUCUUAAACUUCUCAAAUCACUUGAGGCUGAUGAGUGUCGUGGUAUCACAGAAUCUCUAGUAGAUGAUAUUACAAAUAUCCGAAUGAGUGAAUAUAAUCGCCAAAUGACUAUGCAAAAUUUAGAAAAGACAGUUCAAGACCUACGUCGUACUUUAAUUGUGAUGAAACGAGCUGCUAUCACAACCACUGUCGAAAAUGAACGUAGAAUCCGCAAGUUAGAGGAAAAGAAGAGCGGCAUUCAUAAAGAAGAUAAUCGUAUUGAUAAUAAGAUUCAAGAUUAUAUUAUGAAUAGUGGUAAUACCAUCUUUGAUAAAAUUUAUGAAGAUGGUUUACGGGGUAUGCUUGGUACUCCUGAGCCUGAAUAUACAAUACAGGGAUCCUCUGAUGAGUCCUCUGUUGCAUCUUCAAGUCAUGAGAGAAGGAGUAGCACUCAGUCAGAUGGACCCCGUCCCCCACCCUCACCUCUUGUUUCACCUACCUCUUAUGCUACAACACAUAUUGCGGACAGUUUGAUGUUAUCACCUAUUCGACCCCCUACAGUAAGCGGCCUCCGUCCUCCAGCUGUUUUAACAGAACAAGGUAAAGCAUUACGUAUGAAUAGCAACUAUCCUCCACGUGAAGCAACACCUUCCCCUGAUCGAUUUUAUAAUAUGAUUCAAAAGCGAUUAUCAUGGCAACAACGUAUGGGUGGGUCGGAAUCGCCUGUUCCGAUGGCCAUCAUCAAUCCAGCUGAAUUUACUCGUUAUGCUAAUGAUAGAGAAUCAUCCACCUCCUCUAUUCAUAGUCGACAUUUACGUCGUGCCUCACUUCAAUCUGAUUUUUCAUCUUCUCAGAAUUCAUGGAAUCAUCCCAGUAGUAGGCCCUCUACCAUUUCAUCACAAAGCUCAUUACGUAAAAGAUCUGCUUCCAUGUUACAACCACCUACGAUGCCUCAAAAGCUAACAGCUCAACAGCAAGUACCAAGUAGACGUGCUUCAUUACGUGAGUUGUCAUUAAAGGGGACAAGUGCCUCUAAUUUAACCGGUCUUGGUAAUCAUAUGGGUGAGCAAGACCAUGAAUGGCCAACCUCUAGUAUAUCCUUUCAAAGAUAUCCUUCACAACAACAAAGACGAACUCCUCUUGCAGGCUCGGUUUUAGAUCGAUCAAAUACACCUAAUGGUGGAAAUGUUUUUGACCGUUUAGCUCAAACUCCAACACGUGCUUCUCAAGCUAAAAUAUCUCAUAGACAUAGUAGUGGUAGUAUGGAUGAAUUGAGAUUAAGAUGGGAGCGCGAACGAUCUUCAAGUGCAAUGAGUGGUAUGUCUUAUGGUGCUUAAAUACCCUUACUUUGUGUAUAUAUGUAAUUACUAUGUGAACUAUAUACAUACAAAUGUAUAUCUUAUAUUCCUCUUUCUCCAUAUCCAAAAAACAAAAAAACAAAAAAAAAAACAAAAAAGGGUUUUUUUUGUAUAAUUUAUAUCUAUUCUAAC